GUGGAAUGUAAUACACACGAAGACAAGUUAUAUAGAAAAAAAAUACACAUAAUUAUAUAUUAAUUUUUAAUGUAUAUAAAUUAUAUAUUAUAAUUACUGUAUAACUUAUAAGUGUGGAACAACUGUGAUAUUUUAACAUAAAAAUGGGAGUCCAAGUUGGGAUUGGAAGACAGUUCCUUAUUGCAGGAUGCUUGUACAUUGGCCAGAUCCUGGUUGGUUACACCAUGGGAUGGACAGCUCCAGUGCUGGCCGAACUCCAGAGCCCAGAUCAAACUGUGCUGGACUCCGUAUUAACAGUAGAACAAGGAUCCUGGAUGGUGUCAGUCGUAUUUAUAGGAACUAUUACAGGUCCCUACGUCUCCGGGUACCUCUGUAAUGUGAUAGGCAGAAAGCCUUGCCUGUACAUUGGGGGUGUCUUCAUGACCCUGGGCUUUUUAAUACUAGCAUUAGCUAACCAGCUAGCUAUGUUAUACGCUGGCAGAAUUGUUGUGGGAUUCGGCAACGGAAUGUUGUUCGUCACAAAUCUCGUCUACCUUGGAGAAUUAGCGUCAACACAUAUUCGAGGUACAUUACUAACACUGACCGGAUUCUCCAGUACAUUUGGAACUCUAAUAGCAUAUGUUGUGGGCCCGUACGUGUCCUUCGCUGCGAUUGGUUGGCUAGCCGUGGCUAUUGGGGUUGUUUACAUCAUUGCUUUAUUCUUUUUCGUGCCUGAAACCGCCGUCUAUUUCGUCAUGGCCGGCAAAAAGGACCAAGCGAUGGAACUCCUCACAUCACUGGGCAGAAAAGACGACAUAGAUGAUGUUGUGGCUAAAGCAAAUGAGAAACCAAUGUCAAACAAAGAUCAGAUGGCUGAAAUGUUCACUAUAAAGUCAAAUAGAAAAGCAUUAUUCAUAAUUAUCGUUCUGAACAUUGCCCAACAAGCCAGUGGUGUGAUUGCUGUGAUUUCGUUUGCUACGACCAUCUUCGAGUUGACCGGAUCAUCUAUGGAGCCCCAUAUAUCCACCAUAAUUGUUGGAGUCACACAAGUUGGUGCAGGCAGUAUUGCACCUCUAUUUGUAGAUAGAACUGGAAGAAAGAUAUUAUUGUUAAUCUCUACCGCUGCUUGUUCUAUAAGUUUGAUUGCUCUUGGUGUUUACUUCUUCCUGUACGAUAACGGUUACGACAUCGCUGACGACCUGCAAUGGAUGUCGCUAGUCUCACUUGUGCUAUACUUCAUCGCUUAUUUCAGUGGAUUCGGUAUCAUCCCCAACACGUUCAUCGGAGAAAUGUUCACUGACAACUGCAGAGGAUUCAGUUCCACCUUUACCGUCACAGUUGGAUGGGUCUUCGGCUUUGGAAUAGCAACUGCAUUCGGAUACAUGUUGCCUGCUUGGGGACCGGCAGUAACAUUCUGGAUCUUCGCUGCAGCUUGUGCGUUCGCCUGCUUGUUUAGCGCAAUAUUCGUACCUGAGACCAAAGGAAAGACCUUACUAGAAAUCCAGGAGAUCCUCAUAAUGGGUGCUGUAAACAAUACGAGUUUGCGGAUGCAAUAUGUGGUAGCAGCGUGCUUAUACAUAGGACAGUUUGGAAUAGGCUACAACCUCGGCUGGACAGCACCAGUGCUGGCCAAACUCCAGGAUCCUGAGCAGACACCGCUGAAUGACAUCAUAACUGAUGGCAUGUCUUCCUGGAUCGUUUCUUUCAUUUAUUUUGGGACUAUUUCGGGUCCAUACAUAUCAGGGUACCUAUGCAACGUGAUAGGCAGAAAGCCUUGUCUCUUUCUAGGCGGCUGCGCCCAUUUUAUUGCCUCCCUAACAUUGGCUAUGUCCAAAAAUAUAGCCAUGAUUCUCACUGGCCGUGUCCUAAGUGGACUUGGGAAUGGAAUCAUUUAUGUUACAAAUUUGAUGUACCUUGGUGAAAUGGCGUCCACGAAAAUUCGCGGCACCUUACUCACCCUGACAGGAUUAUCCAGCACAUUUGGUACUCUAAUUGUAUACUCCGUGGGACCGUUUGUGUCUUAUGCUGCGAUAUCCUGGCUGUCCAUGACUAUCUCGGGAAUAUAUCUCAUUGCUUUGCUCUUUGUUGUUCCUGAAACUGCAACAUAUCAUGUCAUUGCUGGUAAAAAAGAAGCAGCCAUAGCAAAUCUCACCCUAUUAGGCAGACAGAACGACAUAGAGGAAGUAGUAACCAAAGCGAGUGAAAAGCCAAGAUCUAAAAAAGACCAGAUGGCAGAAAUGUUCACUGUCAAGUCUAAUAGAAGAGCACUAUUCAUUGUUUUAACAUUAAGUGUACUACAACAAAUGAGUGGAGUUAUACCUUUAACGGCAUUUGUAACUAUAAUAUUUGCUAUGACCGGUUCAACUUUAGAAGCUUAUGUGUCUACUAUUAUUGUUGGGCUGACUCAAAUCUUUGCUGCUAGUAUUGCACCCUUAUUAGUAGAUAGAAUUGGACGGAAGAUUUUGUUGUUGGUUUCUACUGGCGCUUGUUCUUUGAGCAUGGCUGCUCUUGGGACCUACUUUUACCUCUACAACAAUGGGUACGCCAUCGCUGAGGACUUGCAGUGGCUGUCUCUAGUCUCCUUAAUGUUAUUCUUCGUUUUUUAUUUUAGUGGUUUUGGCAUAAUCCCCAACACAUUCAUUGGAGAGAUGUUCACUGAUACCUGUAGAGGUUUCUGUUCAACCUUCUCCGCCACUGUCGGCUGGAUCGUCGGCUUCGCUGUCACUACCUCCUUCGGCUAUAUCCUCCUGGCCUGGGGACCUAGUGCCACCUUCUAUAUCUUCACUGCAACCUGCACCAUCGCGUUCCUAUUUAGUGCAACUUUCGUUCCUGAGACAAAAGGCAAGAGUCUCUUAGAAAUUCAGGAGUUCUUAGGAAAGUGAUUUAUUAACUGUGAUACUUAAUAUUAUUUAUUAAAUGUUUUUUUUAA